AUGAGAAAAACACUUGUUUUCAGAUAUGAUUUCAUCAAAAUUCAACUUUGUGGUGAUACACAAUCUAGUGUUGAUCAAUUAAUUAUUGGUAAUCAAACUUUAUCUGAUCAACAAGCUUUUUAUUCAGCAACACGAUGGUUAUUAAAUAAUCAAGAUUUACAAACAGGUUGUUGGUUUAUUCAUGUUCAACGAAAUUAUGCUCAUCAUAAUCACUAUCAUUUAAGAAAUCCAUGGUGUUCAGCAAUGGCACAAGGUCAAGCUGCAUCAUUACUCGUUCGUCUUUAUUCACUAACAAAUAAUAACGAACAUUUAUUAGCUAUUCGUCGAGCUAUUCAACCAUUAUGGUCAUCAAAUCUAACUCGAGCUUAUUUUAAAAAUCGUUUUGUUUGGCUUGAAGAAUAUCCAUUAGAAUCAGCAACUAAAGGUCUUUUUGUUCUUAAUGGAUGUCUUUAUGCUUUAAUCGAUAUAAUCGAUGCUAAUACAAUUGAUUAUCAACCAUAUUUAUCUGAAUUAAUAAAUCAAAUAAUUAUCUCGUUACAACAUAUGCUUCCAUAUUAUAUUCAUCCAAAUAUUUCAAAUUGGUCUCUCUAUGAUUUAAGUCAUAUAACAACGAAAUCAAAAAUAAAUACAGCUUCUUAUUCAUAUCAUCUUGUACAUAUAACUUUACUUCAAUGUUUACGACAAAUAUUUAAAAAAACAAAUGAUUCUGUAUCUCAACUAUUUGAUUUCUAUGUAGAACGAUUUACAUCAGUUAUUUUGUAA